CAAUGUGUGUUGCCCUACUUUUACGGAGUGGUAGAACAAAUCGACGCAAAAUCGUGCCAACCUUUUCUGAAGCGGCUUUGAAAGAUAAGCAACUCCCCAACGCUGUCCUCAUCGAAUAUAUUCCGGACUUGCAUCGGAUCAAUCUUUCAACAUAUUCAGACCACCGCAUGGUUGGAUUUUGUACAAUUCUGGAGAAGAUAUAUGCAGUUGGAAUAUAUCACGGUAACCCUUACCCUCGAAACAUGACUGUCCAGACAUCCACGAACAGGGUUGUGUGUAUUGAUUUUGAUCUUGCACAAACAUUCUCAGGGAAUAGAUUGGAUUGGCAGCGGAUGAAGGAUGAGAAAUUCAUGGUGGAUGAGUCUUGUGAGGAUCUAACAGAAGACUUCAAAGAAGGCAAGCUAUCGCGCGGCUGGUAUUAUUAUUACAAAUAUUUAUGA